UUUGUGCGCUUUGCCCCGGAGAAGCCCUUCCCUGGAGCUGCCCAGCCUGCUCUUGCCUCCUGGGCUUGCCUUGGGGAGCCACCAAGGAUCCCGCAGAGCUGCAGCAGCACUUCGGAGAGGGUUGAAAGCUCUGACCAUCCUGUUUCAUCAAAGCGUUGUUUAAGAAUAUCCAGGGAGAAGGCGCAUUGUUUAUUCAGGAUCUGUUUAUAUUUUUAAAAGUCAAUCAUACAUCCUGUUGGCUUACUGAGAUAAAGGUAUUUUUACCUACAGCUGACUGGAAAGACCACACAACUAGUCACUGUAUUUCAUUAUCUUUCUUAACAAAGGAGAAUGGUGGUCUCGGAGCUAGUGCCUAGUGCUGACAGGGUAGACAAGCUUAAUCCUCACCAACAAGGAAUACCUGCCCCAUUUUGCAAAUGACAAAGUAGUUCAGAGGUUAAUCUUUGCUAAGCUCAUGUGGCUACAUGUGGUGGGUCAGGAUUUCAAUUUAAAAACUUUCAGAGAAAGAGGUUUAUGUAUCUGCCGGUUAGGCAGUUGUUAAGCAAGACCUAAACUUUUGUCAACCUUGGUGGUCUUGGAAAGCAUUAUAAGUGGAUUUCUUUUUCUUUUUCAUGAGUGACUCUUCGUUUCUGUAUUAAUUUUUUCUCCAUCUAAUGCAUUUUAGUAUUUGUUAAAUCCGGGGCACUGUAUUAAGUCCUUUAAGUGCUGACAUCAUGUCCUCGCAUAUUGGAUAAGAGCAGCAUUGAACUGGUGCUUGUCUGUGUCAGAAAUCAGUGUAGAAGUGGUCAAAAUGCUUGUAACCAGACGUGUUUUCAGGUUUUUUUUUUUUUUUUGGAAUAUUUGCAUACACAAAGUGAAGUAACAAAACCCAAGUAUGACCAUGAAAUUCAUGGAUGUUCCAUAUAGACCUUAUACACAUCACCUGGAGAUAAUUUCAUAUUCUUAGUGUACCUACUUUACAACUACAACCCUUCACAUGAGGUCAGGUGUGGGAUUUUGCACUGUAAUAUCAUACUGGCUCUCAAAAGUUUAACGUUUUGUAGCUAUAAAUUUCAGAUUACUUCAUUUAGUCUUUUAAGCCAUGAAGUUGAUACUGUUAUUUUCUUCUAGUUUCAGAAAGGUAAAUAAUGUGUCUUACCUCACACAUCUAGCAUUUGUUUUAGACAAAACUCAAUUCAGUCAGUUUGUCCUCCUGGCUGCCAUAAAGCAGUAGCUUCUUGGUUACCGCCCUUAAAAAUGUAAAUCCUCUGGUUUUCAACACAGUAGUAUUUUCAGUUCUAUGUUGACUAGAUGAUGGAAAAAUGUGUAUUAAGUAAAAUGUGUGUGUGUUGCAUAGUGAGGCUUUCCUUCUGAUUCCUUUGACCUAAACUGCUUCGUUUGUUAAUACUGCUGGCUCCACGUCCACAGCCUUGUGUUUCAGUGUGUGUCUGCUUUUUAUCUCUUGUCCUAAACACAGAUUUUUCACAAUGAAAGACAAUCCAGUCUGCAUUGACGUGGUACUGUGAUGUCAGUAUAUCUGUUGAUAGCAGCCUUAGCUGAGAAUAUACCGUAUGUUGGGUCCUGGCAGCAGGGUCAGAGGAAGCAUUUGAUUGGAUUUUUUUUCCAGCUUUCCUAAACAAUAAGAUAGGGUGGAACGGUCUCAGGAAGACUCGGAAAUUUCAAGUACCAUCUGGCCCACUUCAACAUUAAAGCCUUUGAUUGAUCUAGCCCCCCCCCCCAAGUCUUUGAAGUGAAUGUGAUACAGGGGGCAUGGUGGAAAAGUGUGGCAUAGGAUGUAUCUUUCAGACAGCAUAAUCUUUGACUUCCUAAAGGACAAUGGCUUUGUUGUUGGCCUUAGAACUAUGAAGACAAGAAAAGUCACAAGGUGAGCGUCACAUGCUCAUAGUAUGCUUAGUAUCAAAUAAUAAAAAUAUACAUGCAAGCUGUAAUUAGUCCUAGUGUCACACUGAAAUGAUGUAAUUUUAAUUCCCUGUAGUGUUUAAGAAUAUAAGAAACAAGCAGCUUACGCCAUACAGAUGAAUAUCAGUGUGCAUAGUGAUGACACUCUGUGGAAUCUAGGGAGAAAGUCGAAAUGAUUGGGCAUCUUUGGGUGAAGACGAGAGGGCACUAACAUGAGGGAUGGCACUGGAGGCGGGUCAUGGGGAAAUGAGACCUCAUCCCUUCUAACAUAUUUGUCCCCAAAGAUGUAGAGGAAUACUGAGUGAGGGACUGUGAUGGAGAGUCUAUGGAGAAGAAUCAAGCCCGUGCCCAGACCAUGACAGCUCACUAGUCUCCAAAAACAUAACCACCUGCAGUGUAUGAGAAGGCCCCAGUGGAGCUGAGACACAGCUGAAGCCUGUUUCCAAGAUUCCUCACUGAUCUUGCUAGACAGGACCGUGGGGCUCAUCUGCUUAUGAUAUACCCUAAGGGAAGAUGAGUGUCAAUACUCACCAAUAAACCUCUACUCUGGUCUGUGAAGGUACUUGCUUAGUAAUGUUUCUUACAUGAAAAACCAGGGUUACAUUAUGAGAUUAGUGGUCAUUAAUCAUCAGUUGACCUACACUGGUUUGAUACUUCUUUUGUAACCUUUCCCUUCUUAAGUUUUGGGUCAUAGCUGUUACUCAAGGGAUUUUUACAAAAGAGCAUGUAUUAACUGGAACUAACAAGUAUAUACAGUGAGAAGGAAGGAGGAUAUUAAAAAUCAGGGUUCUUCCACGGGACAGGAAAAAGAAAGAGGAAUCCUGUGGCAUUAGAGAUGUUCAGAUACUCAAAGAUUCUGCCUUUAUUCUCUGAUCCUAAACUCACAAAACAAAAAGAUGUCAUAAGAAAAUAGAAAUCCCAGAGAAAUUUCAGAGCAAUCAUAGAGGUUAGAAUACCGGGAAAAAUGAACUUUAUAGCUGAGAAGUUAUUUACCUAAUAGAAAUGAGCUAAUGGGAUCCCCCAGAUGGAAUUCCAUCCUUCCACAAUAAUCCUGACACUCCAGCAAGGCCAUAUAAGUGGUUAUUUCCAGUAAUUUAGAAAUGAGUUAUAGUAUCAGAAGCCAGAACUAAGCAGAGCUGUUAACAACAUAUAUAUGAAGAAUGGGAAACCCGGGCUGGCUUUGUUGUUGGCAGCAGACUUAAACAAGGAGAAAAUGAUCAAGAUAUCCUGGUAAACAACAGGAUUUGAGGAAGGUGAAGCAGGAACUACUUCGUGAAUGACAGUUUGAGGUUCUCGGGUGGAAGGAAAAGCAGACACAGUCAAAUUAGAGACUAUCAGCUGCUAAACAAACGGCCAGUGUUCCAACCCUAAGAAUUUAGUGCAGUGUAUUUCAAAACUGUCAGGUCAUGUUUUAGUAUGAGAUUUUUUUCCUCAAUGCAAGAGAGAGUGAACAGAAUGACAGAUUGGGGUUUGUGGGGGCUGACAGGUUGUGAAGGUGUUGGGGAGAGUGUGCAGAGGACCUGGGCAUAUUGUGGGGUGUGCUUUGAAAGAGGUCAUCUUCUCUCAACUCUGAUAGUGGGUCAAAGGAGACUUCAGACAAGAUCUAGGAGGUAGGAUGGUGGACAAAGGGAAGUUAAGUCCCCCUUAGAUGCAUGGGCAGAGGCUCAAAUCUGCUUAGGUUCUAACAAAUCUAAGCAAAAAGCAUUUGAAAGGAAAAAGAUCACGUUUACCAAAAUGGAUGAGAUCAAGCUUGUAAAAAGAGAUCUAGAUAAAAGCCAAGGGGAAGGCAUUUCAUGACGGGGAAUGAUUUAAGCAAAAAUGGCAAGGCAGGAAAUUGGGUGGUGCCUUUGGAAGCAGACCAGGCUGGCUUUCAAGGAGAAAAUGUGCAUAUUGCAGCAGAAGAUGAAUUUGCAGGUGUUGAGGAGGUCAUUCUGUCAUCUGUCUACCUACAGCCUGCUUUGGGGCAUGGCGACAGUGGUGUGCACAGCACAAGUGGUGACCCAGGAUGAAAGCAAGCCGCUGAACACACCUGCAUCCUUGAGAUGUUCUUUGCAAUCUUCCUUAGAAGCCUUAAUUGUGACAUGGCAAAAAAAGAAGGAUAUAAGCCCAGAAAACAUGGCCACCUACAGUAAGAAACAUGGGGUUGUGGUCCAGCCUCCCUAUAUGGAUAGGAUGAACAUCACCGAGGUGGGAUUGCAGAAGUCAGCCAUCACCUUCUGGAAUGCAACACUGGAGGAUGAAGGGUGUUACAUGUGUCUCUUCAAUACCUUUGGCGCUGGGAAGAUCUCAGGAACAACCUGCCUUACCCUCUACGUACAGCCCAUAGUAUUCCUUCACCACAAUUUCUUCGAAGAUCAGCUAAACAUCACUUGCUCUGCCACUGCCCGCCCGGCCCCUGUGAUCUCCUGGAAGGUUGCUGGGUCAGGGAUUGAGAAUACCACUGAGAGUGUUUUGCAUCCUAAUGGCACCACAUCUGUCACUAGCAUUCUCCACGUCAAAGAUGCCAAGAGUCAGGUUGGGAAGGAGGUGAUCUGCCAGGUCCUGCACUUGGGAGAUGUGGCUGACUACAAGGAAACUCUGCACAAAGGCGUUUGGUUUUCAAUUCCAUUAUUGUUAAGCUUUGUUUCCCUGGCGAUUCUCCUGGUCUUAAUCUCCAUCUUAUUUUACUGGAAACGUCGUCGGAAUCAGGGCCGAGCCCUGUGAAUCCAGCUAUCUGGCUCCUUUAAGAAGAGGAAAGCAUAACAUGUGGAGAGAUGCAAAGAAAGAAGCUUCUAUGGUUCACCUUCCCAUGAGCUCCAGUGGAGAGCCUGCUUCUUUAUGGAAAAAGUCUGCUCCUGUGCCCCACGUCACCUUCCAUUUCAGCCAUUCUCCGAGGCUCCUUUUGCAUUACAUCCUUUCUUGUAUCAUCCACCCACACUGAAGCCAGCACAGGUUCAGAGGGAGGCAGAAAUCCUGGAAACACACAACAGGGAUCUUAGGUGAGUGACAAAUUAGGAGUUCCUUAAUGAAAACAGAAGGACUACCAAUUUAUUACUGACUUAAAAUAGUAACCAGAACUUACCCUUGCUAAAGACUCUUACCUUUCCCCAAUUCUGCCAAAAAAGUGAAAUAUGAAGAAAAAAAAGAUGAUCAUUUCUACUGGAAUUUCUUGCUCAAUGCCUUCCCUUCACCAUGUUUCAAUCAAAACUGGCACAACAGCUCACAGACUUUAUCCUUUUCCUUCUAAAACACAGUUUCUAAGAUGUUAUCGGUUAUUUUCCUGGUACCAAUAUCAGAAAAGAGACUUUUAAAACCCUAGUUUCCAUUACUCCAUUAAGAAGAUGGUCUACUAUACUAAUUCGCAGUAAUGUGUGACUUAAUUUGUUCUGUGAAAAAAAUGCUUUCACGCUGCAGUAAGGAAUUGUUGAAAAGGCGUAUUAACUGAGUAAGCUAAAAAUUGGUCACAAAUGAUCUCAGCUACCAACAGAUGUAUUUUACUUGGCAUACAAAAUAGUUUAGCAAAAUCUGGGAAUUUUCUAUAAAGUUGAGUUCCCUGAUUUGUUUUAAACACACACACACACACACACACACACACACACACACACACACACACACACAGAUCCUCCCAUCCCUGGCCUAUGACUUCCUUUAGAUUGGCCAUGACUCUGGGUUUGCCACUAAUCUCAUCACAUCUUGUUUUAUGUAUAGGAAAGUCAUUACUUACUAUGGUCGCCUAACUCUUUAUGGAACUGGAAUUACCAGCUGGUUAUCUAAAUUUGACGAACACGUAUCUGGAUUUCAGGUGUCCCUCCUCUAAGGGAGCUUCCUCUGAGACCAGCUCCACCCUUUUCUGGAGUUUGUUUUCUUUUAUAACACAUUGCUGCUGCUCCCCCUUCCUUCCCAGAACCCUGAAGCAUCUCCAGUGCAGCCAAUUUUGGUGUUUUCUGUAAUUCCGGCACAGUCAAAAGGUUGAAAAUUCCUGGCAGGCACAUUGGGUCCCAUCCAGCUCAGUAGGGAGCAUUUCCUGAUAGAUCUAUGGAACUUACUUUUAGGAAAUUAUUUAAAGUGUCAUUUCUUUGGAGAAUUCUAUCUUGUUUUGUGAUUUCCUUUGAAAGACUGAUCUGAUGCUAUAGUUGUAUCAUUAGGCAGGCAACAGUGCAACAGUUCCACAUAACCAAAAUAUUUUUCCUAAAAUCCAAGAGGGAAGAUAGAUGAGAUGGUUUAAAUUCCAGAGAAGAAUGAUUAUAAAACACUAUUUGUGUAAACCAAAUUCGCUAUGUGGUUCCUCCUAAGAUAUCAGCAUGAGAAACAGAAUAUACACCUUCACAGCACAUGCUCCUUGUUUACAAAAUUCCUACCGCUGUCCAUCAAACAUUGGUUACAUGUCUUCCGCUCUUAAAGUAUGUUUUCAGAUUUUUUAGACUAAGAUCCCAUAGCACAUUCAUAGACUCACAUUUUAAUGUUACUCUGUAGUGUUUAUGUCUUAUUUUCCCUAGUGACCUGUGACACGUCAUCUACAUCCUAUUUUUUUUGUCUCCAUCUGUUAUAAUCAGGCAAACAGAAGAUACUCAGUGAAUAUUUGUAGACUACGACUAUUUCAACUUUGGAAUCCUGAAGAACUUCAAUUGUUUCUAUUUUAUGCUAUGGAAAAAAUGGAAACUAUUGAAAUGCACACAGUGAUACGGGCAUUUUUUUUUAAACCAAAUUCUCACAAGUAUAUACUCUGCAUCAUGACAUAAAAUAUACUUUAUCCUAUGGUUAUGUGAAUUUUAAAAUUAAUUUUAUUAGUACACUUUUGAUAUAUAUAUAGUAAUGACUUUCAUCAUAGAUAAUUUGCAUCUCUACAGAAUAUGCAAAAGAAUUGAAAACACUACACAACUCAAAAGAUGCUUUCAAGUGUUUCAGUGGAUUUUAUUAAAAACUCAAAUGUUAUGCUUCUGGCACAUUGCAGCCUAUUUUUCUGCCAGGAAAUUUUCAAACAUUGUGCAGAGAUCCUCCUAUGACUGGGUGCUUACAUUGCCACAAUCACUUUUGAUAAACAAACACAGGAUGGCUGACAGUCACGGAACAUAAAAAUCCACCCUUCUUCCUUGGAAGCUAUUAUGAUUUGACUAUGGAUUAUCCUUAAAUAUGCAUGUUCUGGAAGCCUGGUCUCCCACAUGCUGAAGUUGAAGCUGUAGAAUCUUAGAGGUGUGGGGCUUAGUGAAAGGUAACUAGAUCAUGGGGACCCACCCUCAGAUCAUUAUAAAGCAAAGUAGUAGAUAUCUUCAUUCCUAUCUUUCCACCAUGUGACACAGCAGAAGGCCCUUGUCAGGAUGCUGAUCCGGUUUUCUGGGUCCUCUAGCCACUAAAAUACUAAAGGAAAUAAAACUCUGUUGCCAUGACCCAUGCAGCCCUUUAGGUUUCUUGGGUGAAGGACCACAAGAGGAUGAGAAAGUGGAGACAAAGCUGGGGUCAGGUGGAGCCCUUACCCUCCUGGUGGGAAGCAAGGAACUGGCUUUUCACUGUGGGAGUGUUUAUUUAUACCUUUUAGCAACUUAGUGUCAUAUAUUGUUCUAGCCAACCACUAUUCAGAUUGUCUUGGGGGUAGGUGUUCUCUGGGUUGAAGCAGCCUCUUCAUGUGUCUUGCCAUGGGUGCUCUUUGUUCUGGAAUGGUCAUGCUCCAGCCUUGCCCAUAUGGUCAAUUUUCAGCUUCAGUGACUCCCAACACCCUUUUCUUAUGAAGUACCCACCCUUGAGUUACAGCAAUACAAAUGGACUAAGAUAAGGAACUGGUACCAAGUGGAGCUGUUUCUAUACAGAUGCCUGAAAAUGAAAAAAACUGCUUCAGAAUUGAGUAAUAAAUUUGGAGGAACAGACUGCAAAAGUCUGUAUUGCUGUAAACAGCAUCGUAGGUGAUUUUGGUGAACUCUCAGAAGACAAGGAGAUUAGAAAAGAGCUAAAGCUUGAGUCUGGUUAAAGGUUCAUGACCAGAUGCAAAUGUGGAGAGCAAAGGACAAGUGGGUGGGGUCUCAGCUGGAAAUGAACAUGCACCAGUUAGAAAUUAAAGCCCAUCCUUGUCACAUCACUGAAAAGAAUGUGUCUGCAUUGACGCCAAGGUCUAGGGCUUUAUGGAAUUCCAUUAUUGAAAAUUUUGACCUCAGGUAUGUGGCAAGUCAUUUCUACACAAAAUAUAGACAAGCAUGGAGAGUGCUUUUAACUACUUAUGUUGAGUAGGAAAAGGAUAAAGAUUAUCUAUAGGCAGCAUUUAUAGUUAAAAAAAGAAACAGCAUAUGCUGUCUGGGUAAGGAGAAAGCAAAAAAGAGACAACUCAUUUAAAAACCUGGCAUGGGUAAAUUGGCGUGCACAUACUGUGCAUUGGGACAACUGAGAAGAGGCAUUGAGGGCAUCUCAGACAUCUGCAUGACUAACCCUCCCACCGCAGGUCCAGAGAAGUCUGAGACAGAGUGAUUUCAGAAAAUAGGCAAGCAGUGACCUCCCACAUGCUCCCUGCCCAAGGCUACCUAGAGUUCAGCUUCCCUAUUUCCAGUGGUGUGUUCUGCCGUCAUUCCAGCUCAUGCCAGCACCCUGAGGAAAACAAGCAGCAGACCUUGGUAGCCUGCGUAUGGUGCUUAAUCUGCAAGCACACACUAUUCAGGAGCUCUGUGGUCACUGCAGUUUCCACAGAAGUUUCAGGGGAAACCCUGGGAAGGUGCAAAACUGCCACAGAGAGCCCUGAUGGGGUAGUGUCUAGUCGAGCUACUGGAGUAGAGCUGAGCCAGUAGAGCCAUUAGCAGUGUGAAACACCGUCCUGGGGAAGCUGUAGGCACCACUGUGCACCAACAACCCAUGAGAGCAGCCAAAAGUUGUCCCCUCAAGCCCCCACCCCCACCCUAAGCCCCAGGGUGCACAGAUAUAAAACUGGGAGCUAUAAAGUUUAAAGACAGCCUUACAGGUUUUUGGACUCGUUGAGACCUGUAACUUAAUUCUUUUCGUAAAAAGAAAGUUUACGCUGUGCCUGUUCCACCAUUAACCCUGGAAAUGUGUAACUUGUUCUUUAUCUUAAAUGUUAACAACUGAAAAGAAUUUUCCCUGAAUCUCAGAUGAGAUUCUGAACUUGGACUUUGGGUGAGGCUGAAAUUAACUAAGACUUUGGGAAUAUUGCCAUGGAGUGAAUGCAUGUAGUAUUGAGGUGCAUGUGAGCUAUGGGGACCAUGGAUGUGAUUUUAGUUUGUCCCCUAAAGAUUCACAUGCUCUGGCACUUGGUUCCCAGUAAGAUGGAUCUGGGGUGAUGAGACCUUUAAGAAGUGAAGUUCAGUGGAAGGUAAUUAAGUCAGGGGAGGGGGGCACCACUCUCAUGAACAGACUAAUGCAUUUUUGCCAAAGGCAGGUUUUUGUAAAGUGAGGUUCAUUCACUUGGCCUUUAUGCAUGUGGUCAUCUCCCGUUCCACGUCACCACCAUGGUGUAGCUGGUGGGGGAUAGGAAGCUCACUAGCAUGCUAGCAUUGUGUUUCCUGGACUUUGUACUGCCAUAAAAUAACUUCCUGUUUUUCCUGUCCACUGUCUCAAAUACUCCGCUAGCAAUGCUUUCUUUGUAGUUCUCAUUAUAUUAUCUGUGGUUUUCAUUUCAUUUCACUCCGUUUCAUUCAUUUCAUUAUCUAUUAUCUGUGGUUUUCAACUGAAAGUGCUAAUAAUCCUGCUUCUCCAGGAAACAUUUGAGAGGGUCUGGAGAGAGUUAUGGUUGUCACAACGAAAGGGUUGUCACUACUGGCAUCAAAUCUGUAGAAGCCAAAGAUGCUGGCAAAUAUCUCACAAUGCACAACACAACCCUGCACAACAAAGAAUUACCUCAUCAAGUUUGUGGCACUCCAAGGUUGAAAAAAGUCUGCUUAACACUAGUAGGAUUCUGCCUUAAUGUUAUACGUGAAAUUGGGUCUUUGACAAUAAGAUGUGUUCGUGUUUCAACAAUUCCACAGGAUAUGGUAUUAUUUGAAGAUAAGGUCAUUGCAGAUGUAAUUAAUUUAAAAUCCUAGAGUAUGAUAGGUCUUAAAAGAACACAAUACCAAUGAUUAUUCUACACUAGUUAAGUAAAUGCAAAUAUGAGACCAUACCAAAAAAGAUGAUGAAAAACUAAAUUUAAUGUUUCAUUUUAGUUUUAUGCAAAUACAACAAGAUUAAAGAAUUUACAAAGCUGGGUGUGAUGGUACACUCUUCUAUUCCCAGCACUCUGGAGGCUGAGGCAGGAGGACUGUUGUAAAUCUGAGACCAGCAUGUGCUAAAAAGUAAACUCAAGGCCACCUUGAACUGCAUAUGGAGUCCCUGUCUCAAAAAGAUCAAAACAAACAAACAAACAAAAAAGAGAUAAUUUACAGUGCUUUACAUAGCUCUGUAAUAAGCAUGUUUGAUAAGAACUCACACAGUAAGACAAAUGAUUUUUACUGAAAUAUGACAUUUUGCCCUUUUGUUAGUAAAUCAUUUUAAAUGGUCAAGUUAAUCUCAUUCACUAAGUUCACGAGUUUGAGUCUGAAGAUGUUGAAAUGUUUCAAAGUAUGACGUGGAAAUAAGUGAAUUUCAUUAUUAGCUUUGUUAUAAUUAUACAUGUGUUUGAGAUUUAAUUUUUAGAAUUUCUAUAUUCUGUUUUUUUAAUUAGGUUUUUGAGGUUUUAAGGAUGUCUACUACACUGACAUUGUGACUGAAGAUGGAAAUAUUUAUUGAAAUGUAGUUAACCAGAUAUGUUAAAUAUAUUUGAGCAUUUCAGAACAACCACAAUAAAGGAUUUAAAUAUCUAUUUGCUAAAUUUCACUCACCGUACAAUAUAAAACAAUUUAAGUUCACAGUAAUCUAGAGGUCUAUGUACAGUUUAUUUGUAAAUGUGCAAACUAAUAAAUACAAUGUUCAAAUUACUCAAUUUUAACCUAAAAAUUCUUUGACUUAUAAAUUAAUUCACUAAUUCUUUUCACUUGUGUUUUAAAGCUUAAGAAAAGUUCUGAAAUACAAGUUCUUCCAUUUGUAACUGAAAAGCAAGGUCAUCCAUUUGUAGUUGUAGGAGUGUCUUGGUCACUUUUCUCUCAUUGAUGGGACAAAACACUUAUAAUGAAGGAAGGAAGGGUUUACAUAGCUCAGUGUUUGUAGAGCUUUUAGUCCAUAAUUAGCUGGCAACAAAGCAGGGUGACAUGGCACAGGGGCAACACUUCAAGGUAGCAGCCAGAGCAAAAGAAAGAAAAGUCUCUUCUCCUGGCUUAUAUUCAGAAAACACCUCCAGCCUCCCAGGGCUGCCAUAGCACUCACAAAAUCUCCUUGCCCUCCUUUGCAUAGGAUGAGAAUAUUUACAAAGUAAGAACCCUGGCUCCCUGCUGAGUCUCUCAGUUAAACUUCUAACCUGUUCAAAUUGACCCAAUGUAUCAACUAUAACAAGGAGCUGGAGUGGGAAGGGUUGCACAGUGCACACAAAAACCUCCAUGAAAAUAAAAAACCUGACUGAAGUCAGCUUGGGACAUAUCCAAAAAAUCUUUUUGAUGAAAAUGAAGCUAAAAAAGGGUGAAGGAGCCGGCAGGAUAGGGAGAGCCUGAGGAGGACAGAGAGAGAAGAGAAAUAUUUGGAAUUUCAGCCUGGAAACCUAGACAAAAACAGGAGGUAAAGGCCAAAAUUCCUUAACUGGAAAUGUAUCCAAGAGGUGGGUAAAAAUAAAACUCUCCCACAUACUUCACACACACACACACACACACACACACACACACACACACACACACACUUACUGUGGAAAAAGUAACCUCUUCUGGGCCUCUUUUCCCUGAAGAGGCCUUGGUGGGCAGUGCUUUUGGGAAACAAAUAAAGCUUUUGUUUGUUUUUCCUUCCCCACAGCCUGGUGUUAGCUCUGUGGCUCAGAGAAAAAGAGCAGUAAUUGUUUUCUCUCUCUCUUCCCUCCCUCUGACUUUAUACGCUCAUUUCCUGAUAGGCAGAAAGGCCCUUUCUCUUCCCCUCCUCCACCUCCCAACCACAAGGGCCUCCAUUUGCUUUGAGGGCAACAUGUGAGAAAGGGAAAGCAAAAUGCAGUUGUGUGGUGUGUGAUAGGGUUUUCCGUGCAGUAAAGGGAGAAAAUAAAGUAAAAAUGGCCUUCAUUCUAAGAACGUGGAGAGAAUUCCAUGACCACAAGGGCCUGGCUUUUUCUGCGGGAAACGUGGUGUAGGACAUACAUGUAGUACCUAACCACGUGGUGUUUAGGGUGGCAUUGCUGAUGUGCUGGCAGCUGAUUGGGACUUUUUUCACGCCACAGGUAAGUUGUCUUAGGGGAGGGGAAAGUGACCUCAAGGAAAUAGCCCGCCUCCCACUGCCGGGAAUGUCCUAUCUAGGGCAAAAUCCUUCCGGUUUGCUCCUUCCUCCCACAGAUCUUGUCACCAUGGUGAUACUAUAUUCUACCAUGAUGUCCUUAGCAGAGCCAAGACAAUACCAUCAUAGCUCUUAAGCUUUUAAAACAGUGAGCUCAGUAAACAACUUUUCUUUCCAUACUCUCCACUCCCAGGUAUCCAGUGCAGUAACAAAAAAUGGACCAAAGCAAUAGUCGUACUCAGAUUGGACUACUCCGUGUAGUAAUGCACAUUUAAGGUUACCUCAUGUCUGUUCAUGGCUUACUGACGCAUUUCUGUUUAGUGAUGAAUAAUACAGUAUUCUAUUAUCUGAAUAUACCACAGAUUAUUGAUUCAUUCAACUACUGGAGCACUUCCAAGUUUGGACAAUUAUUAAAUUUGUCUGCAAAUGUUUGCAUGGAUAAAAAUUUUUAACUCACUUGGGUAAAUACACAGGUGUGGGAUUUCUCUAUUAUGGAAAGAGUUUCACUUUGUAAAAACUAUAAAACUAUCUGUAAGAGUGGCUAAACCUUUUGCAUUCCCACUAUAAGAAGAGAUUUUGUUGUUUCAUGUGCUCACCAAUGUUUGAUGUUGUUGGUGUAUUAAAUUUUGGUCUUUUUAA